AUGUUUUGCAGCUUUUCCCUCCGAACCCCUUGGAUAUUUUUCUUGUUCUUUACUGUCGUCUCUGUGGCGAGCGGUGACUUCAAUGGUACGACACCUGCACCCAACAGCACCUACGAGGAGAUGACAAUCUAUGGUGCCUUACCAUUGGGUUAUAAUGCUGAAGUCGAUCCAGGUAGAAGCUGUCUCUACGCAGCUUUGUCUUGUGACUUCUUGUCCAUGGAGGAUGAGUGCCUGUCGCACGACUGCAUCAGUGCAGACAAACUGGGGACUGCCACGUGCGAGAAGUGCAACUACUACGGAAACUGUACAUCUGGAGGGGCUGAAAUCACCUGCGAUGCUGAAGCUAUGAAGCAAGCGGCGCGAUUCGGAAGUUUGACAUCGGGGCAGGUCCGCUUCGCCCUCGCCAGGCGGUUCAACUUCCACCUGAUCCAGACCUACGGACCGACCCUGACCACUGUGAUCAUGAGCUGGACAUCCUUCUGGGUCAACCCUGAGGUUGUUACCGCCAGGGUGUCCCUGAACGUGGUGACGGUACUCACCAUGCUCACACAGACCACGAAAGUUGAGUGGUUUCCGGAGGUGUCGUACAUCCGUGCCAUUGACGUGUGGCUGUUCGCCUGUCAGUGGUUCGUCUUCGUGUCUCUGAUCGAGUACGGCGUGGUCCACUACUACAUCAGGCAGACUUCCAAGGUCACAAAGGUCUUGGACAUUUCUGAGACAGAAGGGCGUGGCUGCUGUAAGACUCUGACGCCCAAGGAGAAGGCAUUACGUCACGACUACGCCGCCCGCGUCUGGUUCCCAGUGUGCUUUGCGAUCUUCAUGAUUGGCUACUUCGCAUAUUACGUCAUCGAUAUCGAUCGUGUCAUAUAA